GAUCGGUCUGAUAAGAAACAGCUGUUGGUAUUGCUUAAGAAGAAGAAGCACUUCACGUAACAGAAAAUAAACUUAUAAUGUUGAUCCCAAGAUACUUGGCUCUUAAAUCCCAUCCUAUAUUUCGAUGCACAGCCAAUGGCAGUACAUCGAGAUUAAUGUCUCAGGUGUCUCGGGAUCAGGUGCGCAUUGUGGAAGUUGGACCCCGAGAUGGUUUACAAAACGAGCCAAAACUGUUGCCGGCUGCAAUUAAAAUCGAGUUAAUUGAUCGCCUGUCCGCAACUGGUCUACAGACAAUUGAAGCCACCAGCUUUGUUAGUGCCAAAUGGGUUCCUCAAAUGGGUGACAAUUCGGAAGUAUUGCGCGGCAUUCGCCGGGUGCCAGGCAUUAGCUAUCCGGUGUUAACACCCAAUCUGAAGGGGUUCGAAAGCGCACUGGAGGCGGGUGCCGAAGAGGUGGCGGUUUUUGGUGCCGCCUCCGAUGCCUUUUCCCUUAAAAAUGUCAAUUGUGAUGCGGCCGCAGCGAUCGAACGCUUUAAGCCCGUUCUGGCAGCUGCCAAAGAGCAGGGAGUUCGAGUGCGAGGCUACGUCUCAACUGUGGUGGGCUGUCCUUAUGAGGGUGCUGUGGCGCCAAAAGCAGUGGUCAAGGUGGUGGAGGCAUUGAACGACAUGGGCUGCUAUGAGAUCUCUCUGGGCGAUACGAUCGGUGUUGGCACGCCUGGUAGCAUGCGCAGGAUGUUGGAUGAAGUGACGCGUGCUGUUCCCCCACAGAAACUUGCCGUACACUGUCAUGACACCUAUGGACAGGCGCUGUCCAACAUAUUAACUUCCCUCGAAUAUGGUAUACGUGUUGUGGAUGCCUCUGUUUCUGGACUAGGAGGCUGUCCCUAUGCACGCGGUGCUUCUGGCAAUGCGGCAACUGAGGAUGUCGUUUAUAUGCUGCAUGGCAUGGGCAUUAAUACAGGUGUUGACUUGAAUAAAUUGAUUGAAGUCGGUAGAUUCAUAUGCGGCGAAUUGGGUAGAUCAUCCGAAUCGAAGGUCAAUCGAGCCUGGAAAGGACCACAGGCUAAAAAGGUCUAAGAAUUUGUGAAGCAUAACAAUGUAAUCGAUGGCAUUUACUAGUUAUUAAUUAUUGUAUAUGUGUUUGUAAUUUUUUUAUUUGUUAUUUGUGUCGUAUGCGAUUCACAAAAUGAUAUACAAACCCAACGCAGAACUUAUAAAAUUAAACGAUUUAAAUUAAAA